AUGCUAUUGAAAAGGCUUGCGCCGCCCAUGUCAUCAUUCGCUCGACAGGGCCUGGCGAGACCCAUCAGGCCCCAAGGGCGUAUCGUGCAAUAUGCUUGCAAGCGAUACAAUUCGAACCCCCAGAAUACUGGGCAGUACACGCCUGACCCCACAGAUCAAAAUGAUGGGGAAGAUGGCCAAGACCGUGGCCGCAAGAAUGAUGACCCCAACUUGAAAUCUACGAUUCUCAAGAUGCUUGAGACCGCUGCGACUACAGCAGCAUCGAUUUUUAUUCUAGGUGCUGCUGGUUAUUCAUACCACAAGUACUACAAGUAUUUGAUCCUGGACAAAAUGGACAAUGCGUUUAACCCAGGUGAUCCCGCUCUUGAGGUCGCCGGUGUUGUGGCUGGUAAGCAUGAGUACAACCAUGAGGAGCAUUGGGUCGCACGGGAUGAACAACCACGGAUUGAUAAUAUCGUUGCCGGGAAAAGCGCCGGGCACUACUAUCUAAUUGUGGGCGAGAAGGGCACUGGAAAGACUUCGAUGCUACUGGAAGCUAUGCGCAAGAUCAAUGGCACUGGUGUUGCUAUGUUCGAGGCGCAUGCCGAUCUUGAAAUUUUCCGCAUUCGUCUGGGAAAGGCAUUGGAUUAUGAGUUCCACGAAGAUUACAUUGGCAGUCUCUUCAGCAUCCGUGGUCCACGAGAUACUACUGCUCUAUUGGACAUCGAGCGGGCUUUCAACAAGCUUGAGAAAGUUGCGCUGAACCGCAGAGGUCUACAUGGCCGACCACUGAUUCUCAUCGUUAAUAGCGCCCAUUUGGUUCGUGAUGAUCAUGAUGGGCAAGAUUUGCUCGAAAUGAUCCAACAGCGAGCUGAGCAAUGGGCUGCAAGUGGGCUCAUUACAACGAUCUUGAACAGCGAUGACUACUGGGUAUACGAACGACUGAAGCGCUAUGCUACCCGGAUGGAAGUUAUUCCUGUCAGAGAUUUACCCAAGGAAAAGGCAAUGUCUGCCCUGAAGAAAUACCGCAGGCAGUUCUACCACGAAGAUCUGAAUUCUUCGACUCUUGAGCAAGUAUACCGGAAAGUAGGAGGACGCCUUUCAUAUUUGAACCGAGUGGCCAAAUCUCCCGAUGUCAUGAAUACUUGCAACGAUAUUUGCCAAGCCGAAAAGACCUGGUUCCUCAACAAGUGCUGGAUCCUCGGAAGAGAGAUGGAUGACGAUGUUAUGGAUGAACAGAAGUAUUCUUCUGCUGCAAUGGUUUUGGCCAAGGCUUUGGUUGACCAGGAGGAUGAGAUGGAGAGGAUCUAUCACGAUGAGACAGGCCACAUUUUGCCCGAAAUUCCUCUACACAAAGCACGUCAGAUUAUGACUCGCGCCGACUUUAUCCAGUCCUACGAUCAUGAUAACAUUUUCACUAUCGACUCACGAGCUAUGGUCCGUGCUGACUCGGUGCCGAUGCAGCAAGCAUUCCGAGAGAUUUGUGCUCUUGAGAACUUCGAUGACUAUCUCGAGGGAACUUUGGAACGCAUUGGAGAUAUUGAGUCUCUUGGUCGUACCCGUGAGCUUACUAUCAAGGACCUUUGGGAUUCAGGCAAGUACCGAAUCGUCGUUAAGGAUACCAGAGGUAAGGAGAGUGGAACCGUGGAAUUCUCCGUGGCUGAGCGUGAGGGGGAGCAAGAUGAUUAG